GGAGAGUGCAGAGCUCUUCUGCUGAAUUAGGAGCUACUGAAUGCAGAAAAAUGGCUAAACUCAAGUUGUCCUUCCUCCUUACCUGUACUGUGCUCACAGCCAUCUUCAUGCCAGAUUUUCUGGGGGCCAGUCCAGUCAGGCACCAGGACAAAGAGGAAGGUUCAGUGGCUGAAGCUGCCGAGGAGAGGCUGGCUAGCUCAUCAGCUCUGAAAAAGUUGAGCCGUCACAGGAGGAAUGUGGCAUAUUACAAACGCCUACCAGAAUUCUGGGGCUGGUACAAGUACUUCAUGGACACCCACAACCAGGAGGGCAUUGAAAACCUGGAUCAGCUCUACCGAACCUACUUGCAGAACAAGCACAGGGUGGAGGAGGGCCGUUCCUACAACCAUUACCUCAACCACCUGAGUGAGAUCUACAAGGCCUGUGCCAACUCAGAUGACCCAGACUGUGUUGCAGAGUCCACCAGCAAGCCUACAGCUAAGAUUGUCAUGCCUUCUGCCUUGAAGCAAGGUGUAGUGAAGGUGUGCAACCCAUACCUUGAUCCAUACUGCAUCUUUGUUCAUGGUCCACAGGCACCCCCUGAGGAGCCUUCUCCUCCUCCAGUCAAAGCUCCAGCUCCCAUCUUCACUCCCGUGCUCCCCAUGCCCUUGAAUACCCCGCUGGGCUACUACUAUGCCCCAGUGCUGGAUCCUUUCUUAUCGGCUGAGCAGAAGUCCGAACUGCUGCGGAUCUGCAACCCUUCAGACGUUGAGUGCCUGCAGUACCACUUACGUGCUGCCUAUGGUUACAAGCCUGCUCUGGGCCCAGCACCUUCCUAUGCUCACUUAGGCUGUGAUCCUUCUGUAGACCCCUACUGCAUGUCUACACUAGCAGCCAAAGCUCCCUCUGGUCUGUACCAUUUGUAUCCUAACUGUAAUCCUGCAGUUGAUCCUCUUUGUGUCUUGAAUGUCGCUCCAGCUGCCCAGACAGCAAGCAGUGAAGAGGCUCCCAGGGAGCAGUAUUGCAAUCCACUGUUUGACAAAGACUGCAAUCCACUCACUGCUACCAAACUGGCUUCACUUACCAAGCCUGUGCUGGAGUACACCCCUCAGGAUGAGCCUGCACCCCUCAACCUGGCUUGCGACCCCCGCUACGACCCAUAUUGCUUGAUGGGGGGAACAGCUGCCCUGAUGAAACCACCGCCACUCCUCCCCCAGUUCCAGACCCGCUCCCAACUGGGUGUCAGGGGCAAGACGAAGGAAGGUUAUGACUGCUUCGUCUUCUACGAUAAGGACUGCACCCCUCUGGAGGCACACGACUUUAAAGCAAGUGCUGCUAGCACGCAGUCAGACUGCCACCCCUAUGAUCCUAACUGUGGCAAGAUUGCCCCGCAGGCCUCUACUGGUGCACUGGCUGCCAAGACAGUGCGGGAUGGUAUAAUCGAGCCUCAUCCUGAUUGUGAUCCCGAGAUUGACUUCAACUGCCGCCUGCGCCGUGCUAAGACUGCAGCCAACAGCGAGCAAGCCGAGGAACCCCGAGAUGAGCCAUCCCAGCAAGAAAUUGGCCAGGAGGAGCCAAUUUAGUGUAGUGUAGCACCUGAGUACCUAGUCCCACGAUUUGAGGAUUUCCUGAGAGGUUACAUGAGUCACUACAAGAAAUAAGUGGCUAUACCACUGGCAGAGAAGCUUUAAGGUGCUUUUACGUGAACUCACCAACAUGCAUAUAAACCCACAGUCCUCACAUUGGCACACACCUGGUGAUUUAAGCCUGCACUCUCAGCUCAGAACAGUGCAAGAGGCAACUAGUUUGAGAGAGAAUUGUCCUUUCUGAUAGAGGUAGCAAUACACAACUUAUAGUCUGCCAUCUCUUCAACAUGCAUUAGGAUUAAUCUUGAAAAUAGUGAAAUAAUUAGUGUAUUAAUGUAUUUUGCAGAAUAGAUGUAGUUUAUUUGAACAUGGCUUAGUAGGCAUUU